UCCUUUUUUUCGGCUAAAGUCCUCCGGACUGUUCAUCGAUGGAUCAAUGUCAAUCGAUGUAGUGUUUCCAAGACGUCGAAUUGGAAAGAUUCACGAUUAUCCCUGAUCGGAAUAAAUCUUGACCUUCGCGUUGUCCUUCCCAUCACUCGUAGCGGGGAUCUGGUGAAGAGUCAUUUUGACUCGUUUGUGUGAAUUAUGGUCUUUGGUUUGAAUUGACCUGUGUCGAUUAUUUUAAAAAUUUCAUGUACGGGCAGGACAAUAAGGGAUCAUACAACAAUAAACACACAAUUAUAAAUUAUAUUCGAAAAAAGGUUUGCUUGUUUUUAUAUGUUUGUGUUUUUUUAUAAGAAAGAUUUUGUUAGAUGUACUUACCUUGUAGAUGGGUAUGCUUGCUGCGGAUGUGAGAAGUAAUAUGUGGUUGUGUUAGGGUGAUGCGUAUAUGUCGCUGGAUGCUAUGUUACUAUUGAAAUUGUUUCAAUGUAUUUCGUGUGGAUGAAAAAUGCUGUUGUUUUUUUACUUGUGUUCGUGACGUCGAUUAUAAAAUGUUCUUUUUGAUAGAUGUCUCGUGUGCAUUGAUGCAAUAAAUUCUCGAUGUUCGUCAAUCGUAAUGUCUGGUUUCACGGGGCGAAUACUACCUCCUAAUGCCUCAACACCUUAUUUCGAACUUCUUCCAAAAAUCCGCCUCUUCUUCCCCGUCGUUCUUCUUCUUUUUUCAUUCUCUCUCUUACCAAUACACUUUUAACACAUCUUCGCAAUUACGAUGGACUAGAUAGUUUUCUUGGUAAUGUACAUGUUGUUAUUAGCAUUCGACUUGAUGGAUAAAUUAUAAACGAAACAUCCGAACGAAUUCUAAUCAUUGUUGGUGCGGAAACAAGGUUGAAAAAAUAUCAAAAUGUCGUUUGUAAGAGUUUUAAACCUUCUGACUUAUGAUUUGUCAUUCUUAUUUUCAUAUCAGACGGGCUUUGAUAAUCCAAAGUGUAGAGCCCGAUGAAUUUUAGUUGAACAUUCGGUUGUAUUCGAUAACUGACCAGCACUGUUCAGCUGAAUGAUGAAUCGAGUGUUCCGAAAAACAAUUCGAUCGAUAAGAUUACUUUCGAUAUUCAUUUCCAUCGUAGAAUUUCACACACAUGGAUUUCAGGCUGAUAUUCGUGAGUACCCAUCGAAUCGCUUCAUUACUAAUUGAACUCAACCGCUGACCGAGCGUUAUGAAUAUGUAUAAUAUCGAAGACGAUUAUGCGCUGACCAAUUACGAUAGGUCCUCGGACAACAACGAUAACCGCUUUUACUACAAUUAGUUCGGGCCAUCGAGCACUGUACCAAAGUCGCUCUAAGCGGGUGAUGGUCUUUUGCUCACUAAAAACUAAUUCAACGUCAUUCUAACAAUGAAGUUUACCUCCACGUCGGAUUAUCAAUCAUGAAUAAUCGCGCGCACGUGCAAGCUGAAAUUUUCUAUGAUACACACCGAAGUUUUCGGACCUUGGACCGUUCGCUUCAACACCAGAAAAAAAGUUCACCCUGGAUCAUGGCUGGAAAUCGUAUACUCCCUGCCAUUCGCAUGCCCGGGCACACCCGGCUUCGUUUUUGCGGUUUUGGACGGCGGUAACGUCGGUUACACGUUGAUCAAACGGUCAUGACGAGAAUCACAAACUACUCGUCUGAUCACAUCGGUAAUUCGUGCAGCUGCAUUUCUCCGACAACGCUGGAGGCCUGAUGAACAAAAUAAUCACGGACGCGUCGUCAACGCGACGCACAGAGUGGACGAGCUCUCCUCGCGCUCUUGUGGAGUCGAACGAAAUUACGAGUAGUACUUCAAAUCACGUACCGUUUUACGCGUUCUGUUGUAGGUAGAUACUAGUACAAAAAUGACAGUCGUCUAUAUGAUGACGGCUGGCAACUAGCUUGGUACGUUGGAUCGUCGAGGUAUUUUUUUUUUUUUUUUGUUUGUUCGCUGCUCGUGUGGGUCGUCUCGGAGAUCGUCGCCGGGCAGCUGAACGACGUGCUUGGAAAUGUGCGUUCGUCUUAUUACCCGCCCAAUAACGCGAACAAUCGGCUUGGCGAUUCUUCAAACGUUCCACCGGAUUGUCAACGACGACGAGAUCUCCCAUCGCCCGAGGCUUCGAUGCAAGUUCAAAAACAUCGCGAUCUCUCGCGACGAACCGUCAAAAUUGACGAAUGAUAUUCUCCAAGUAUUUUCUCUGCCGAUACUUCGUACCGUCGUGUAUGUCUACAGAAAGGACAACGUGAAAUUGCGCAUCCGAUUUUUGUGCGCAAGCGCGAAUCGAAACGACAGUCGAAUUCAUCAACUGCUAGCGUGUUGUACCAACUGCCUGAGAUUUCAGCUUUAGUUGUCAAAUUGACGAUCGCCAAUACAGCCGAGAUCGCGGUAUUUGAAUGUGACUGGGGUACUUUGUGUCAGGGUGAAUAACGUGGCACAGAUAAGUAGGGUGGCAUAGCAUGAAAUAAAAUUGAUCAAUUCAAUGAGAGAUUAAUUAAAUUUAGACGGAAAUACACUCAUCGAAAAGUUUAGGUUAGGUCCUUGAAUUUGACAGCUAAAUUUGAAAUCGGAGCGUGUUGGUCAUUCCGCGAAACAAAUGGCGACUGUCGGCGCACGCGCAAAUCGGGUGCGCAAUUUCACGUUGUCCUCUCUGUAUUAUAUAUCAUUCGGCGAUGUCGUUGACCAUAGUUCUUUCAUCGUUUAUGAUUGGGAACGGGAUAUCCGAAAGCAAUUGACGAAACGAUGGUCGAACUUGUUUGUCUGAGCAUCAUCCCGCCGUCAUCGUCGUCGUUUCGUGCACUUCGACUCCAAAGAACGGUACGAAUCAAUGGAGAAGUAUUUUUUCCGGUGACGUUUCAUUUUUCUUGAUUUCUGUUCGGGGGGAACUCGACGGCCCGGUACCCUCCGCACUCCUCGUCAGGCGUUGCAUCGAUGUUGACGUUACGUCCGCUUUUGUCGAGUUCCUUACUUUUUCCCCCGCUACCGAUGGGUAGCGUAAUAUCGAUCCGUUUAGUGCUUGUUUUACGAGCGCUUUUGUUAGAUUGAACAAAUUAGCAUUAAGAUUGAUUGGAACGGCGGACGUACGUCAGCCGGCGUCGGUGCUGGUGACGAGCACUCGAGUGUCGCCUCCGAAAAGACGAAGAUGUACGGAACACGUCGCGCAGUAAGAAAGUCAAACGGCUGUUCGAACAUGCACAUCGUUUCCCUCUACUAUGUGGCAAAGAUCUCGGGAUUGGCGCCGUUUUCAUUCAGGGACGACAAAGUUUCUCGCGGCUCGCCGUCCGACAAGAUAUAUUCCCUCGUGUUCGCCGCGCUCGCUCUACCGAUUUCCGUAGUAGUGCCGGCGUUAUUUCCCGCCUCGGCCGUUACCGCCGUCUCAGAGAUCGCCGAGUUGACCGAGAGUUUUUUGUGGUACUUGGGCUUCUUCGGGGGGGUUAUACCCGUGGCGACGUUCGCCAGUAAGGAAGGAAUUAUCGUGGAAAUCAUAAAGACGUUGACCAAGGUCCAGGAGAUUAUCCACCGUUCGAAGAUGCGAAACGACGACCGACACAAGUCGAGAGUGCUCGCGAUUCAAAUCGGACUCGCGAUAUUCGGCUUCUUGUGCCUCAACUGCGGUGCGGCCAUUGCAUAUUGGUACAGCAUACUCGAUUUCUGGACUCUGGGCGUCAUCGUGACGACCUACUUGUAUUGUUUCACUCCUCAUUUGGUGAUCAUCAUUUUUUUGAACGUAUUAUCUUUCGUAGAAAAUUAUCUCAAAGAGCUGAACAACGGACUGAUGAACUUUUGCCAACCGGACCGUGAUUUGACUUUGGUUCGGUUUCGCGGCGACAGAAUCGAGAAUUUUCUAGAACCGAGGACUGGCCACGAAACGACGGAAAUCGAGAUUCUCUUAGAGAUCGAGUUCGUUUACCACAAACUUCUGAACGUUAUCGAACAAAUCAUGGAGUUAUUCUCUUUGCCGAUAUUGUUGACGGUCGGCUAUUAUUUUUUGAACCUUUUGUUCUGUUGCUUUUACAUAUUCACCACUUAUGUGAAUCUCUCGAAACUGAGCGCCACGGCUACUUAUCAGGUGAUCGGACGAAUCUUUUGGAUCACGUUGUACUUCUUGGAGUUGUUCGCCAUCGCGAGAGUUUGUAGUUCGGUUCAGAAUACGGGGAAAGCUACAGCGAUUAUAUUGCACAAGGUCUGGUUAAAAAGUCAUCACAAUAAAAUGUUGGACGAGAUUCAGAUGCUCUCUCUCCAGCUUCUACAGAGACCACUGACGAUAUCGGCCUUCGGUUUUUUCUCCUUGGAUUAUUCUUACCUCUACAAGAUUUUCUGCGCCAUGGUGGCCUACUUCGUGAUCAUGGUGCAACUGGAUUCUUCGAAAUCGGAGCCCUCCGCGCUCCAGCACCAACCGAGCACUUGGAACGUAACGAUCCCGAUUUGAGGUAAAGAAUCGCAAGGACUCGAAGCGAUCGCAGGUUAGGUCGUCAGGUGUCACGUUGCCGUACUCGAAUUAUUCCGGCGAUCGCUGCCCCCCCCCCCCCGCGGAGUUGAAACGGCGAAUGAAACCGGCGUGGCUUACCGUUCGUAGUUACCGGAGUCGGUUUCAUAACUGUACAGAGUCCAAGGCGAGGGAAUACGGAAGGGAACAGGGACGAACGAGGUUAGGGCGAGGCGGGCCGAGGCGGAGGGCGCAGCCCACCCCAACUAUUUCCCAACAAUUCUAGCGCGCUGCUGCAAUUAUAAUUAAUUGCAACCCCGGCCCCCUAUUAGAGAAUAUUCUAGGCGUUUGCACCGAGUGGAGUACCGGUAUAACUAUACCAAUGCUCUCCGAAUACAAUAAUCCAUUUCACGUGGCUCCGCGGUCUUGUUCUGGGAGUACGAACCCUUCGUAUCGCUCGGACCAGACCCUCGGACCCGCGGCCCGCACACCCUUCUCCUCCUCCCUCGGCUCAAUGCAGUUCGCUACAAGGGGGUCUAUUACGAGUGUCACGUGAUCCUGACGACCACCGAAAUGCCCGUCAUCGAGUCGGUGUCAAAUUUUCACCGCGGAGAUCCGCGUGCGGACCGAUGAAUUUCGCAGGUCGUCCGAUCGAACGUUACUUCGUCUGUCUCGGAUGGAUUCCACACCCCGCAUCAAGGUCGUCGAUGAUUAGCCUUUCGACUAUGUGUGUUGUACCUUUCACUUAGCGGCAUCGCGUUAUGCUGAUUCGUAAUUGUUUGAAGUAGUUGUGUAGUUUACCGUGAAUUGCAUCACGUCGGAGAUUGAGAACCGGAGGGGCUUCACUCGCGAAGACCUAACCCAAGUUUACCCACAACGGCGAACAAAAAAACUAUCAUCGAAACUACGGGUGUUCGAAUGGAAUGUUAUGUCAAAGAGCAGUUCAGAAUAUUUCAAUUUUUUUUUUGUGUCUUGUGUUUUCAAUCAUUUUUCAAUCAUGGAUGCGCGUGAUUUGGUGAAAUUUGAACUUUGAUCGCUGCCAAAAAAAGGUCGUAUCAUCAGCGAAGAAAAUUCAAUUCCACAAAUCACGCGAAGAACUGAUUUCGAUGUUUCUUUAUUUGUCAAUUUUGUGCGGUACGCUCCUAUGUCAGAAAAUUGAUCCAAAAUCAAAAACAGGAGGUCUUCGUUGUUCCGGUUCUCGUUGUCAGCCACCCUUGUAAACCCUUAAAACCUAUCAAUGUACAUGUAUGUACGCUUAAACCGCUCACCAAUAAACAUAUAAUUCUCGACAAGUUUUUUUUCCCACCAAAUUCCGAUUUCCCCCUUCUUCAGAAUAGAUAGCGGCAACUCACGCGGACUUCAUCCCACUCGAGGGGACGAGAAAUCAAUGUUUGAUAAUUUAGGUUUAAUGCGUCAACCCCAUCCGACACCUUUUACCGUAAGUCGGUGUUUCCGCGGGCUCGCAU